CAUCUGUAGGCGAGUAAGAAUGUGGCGGAAGUGAGACUGAAUCCCAAAUCUCCUUAAUUAAAGCUUUUAGUACACUUUAUAGAACGCGAAAACCUUAUGAUAAUAAACAGAGAGAAGUGCACUUAAGUAGGGAUCAGACUGCGAUUUGAAACGCGGCCCAAGUCGGAAUCUUUAUUAUUGAGUUCCUGUGUAUUAAACAGAGCCAAACAUGUCGGAAAGAAAAGUCUUAAACAAAUACUACCCCCCGGAUUUUGAUCCAUCCAAAAUCCCUAAACUGAAACUGCCUAAAGAUCGUCAGUAUGUGGUUAGAUUGAUGGCACCGUUUAACAUGAGGUGUAAGACAUGUGGAGAGUACAUUUACAAAGGGAAGAAGUUUAAUGCUCGCAAAGAGACGGUACAGAAUGAGCUGUAUCUGGGGCUGCCCAUCUUCCGAUUUUAUAUCAAAUGCACAAGGUGUCUGGCGGAAAUAACGUUUAAGACCGACCCAGAAAACACUGAUUACGCUAUGGAACAUGGUGCGACACGAAACUUUCAAGCUGAGAAGCUGCUCGAAGAAGAAGAGAAGAAAAUCCAGUUGGAGAGAGAGGAGGAGGAGUUAAAUAAUCCUAUGAAGGUUUUGGAGAACCGCACAAGGGACUCGAAGCUGGAGAUGGAAGUUCUGGAGAACCUGCAGGAACUGAAGGAGCUGAAUCAGCGGCAGGCUCAGGUGGACUUUGAGUCCAUGCUGCAGCAGUACAGGGAGCUGGAGAAGAGACAGAAGGAGAGAGAGCAGGAGGAGGAUGAGAGAGAAACUAAUGAAAUGCUGGAGAGGGCCUUGGUGAAAAGGCUUAGGGACUCUGACUCUGAUUCUGAUCAGGAGCAAGAAAACGGAAAAGAGCAGGAGAAAAGACACUCUGCUGAGAACCCCACAGACAUCCUGACUACAGACAGAGAAAUGGAUACGAAGGGUGCCACUUCGUCUGGAGUAAAGCGGCAGAAAGUGGAGAGCUGGGAAAAGAGCGUGGGCGGGUUAGGAGGAAGAAGUGCGCUAGGGUCACUUGUAGUGAGGAGGAAGCCUGCAGCAACAGUUACAGCACAGCAGCCCACAGCUGGAGCUCAGACUGAUCCAAAUCCUGCCAAAGCGAAAGCCACUGCAAGCAGCAGCCAAACAGCUACAGUUCAGAAUGGUUCCUCUCUCAGCCUGCUGGGGGCGUACUCGGACAGCGACGACAGCAACUCCGACUAGUCCAAUCAUGGUGAUGGAAACCAUGUCUGAUUUGAACUGUGCAAGGACAGUCUCAAGAAAUACGUUCACAGACACAUGGAUUUUAGAUUGACUUCCAAUGGUGCUCCUGGAAAUGUCAUUGUACAUGAUGAUAUUGUGGAAAAAUAUACAUCUCAUAUUAAAGUAUAGACAGCCUUUCUCACAUGUCUAGCCCGUGUUUCAGCUUCUGAGCAGUGAAUAUUAACACUUGGGUGACCUUCCUGAUGUAUUGAUCAGCAUUCAAAUCCCAGGGAUACCAUGGAGCUUUAAGCAAGGUCCUUACCCCUGACCUGCUCAGCUGUAUGCUUAGUCACUUUGGAUAAAAGCAUCUGCCCUGUGCAUAAAUGUUCAUGUCAAUAAUUCAUUACAAAAUCUCUAGGUAUUCCCCUAGAGUCUUAAUGUCACCACUUUUCGUUCCUGACACAGCGCCGUCUUCUGUGGAAAUAUCCCACGUCUCAAAGGUUAAUACCAGAUCAGUCUGUCCUCUUUGUUGCAUAACACAUUUUAUUUGAUGUGUGUAUUGCACAAGAAGAUUAUGAUUCUGUAUAAAUCUCAAAAUCCAUUAUGAUUUAUUCGACCUUACUCAACAUGGACUCUCUGCGUGGGUUUUCUCUGGGUUCUCAGGUUUAAUCCCACCUCCCAAAAACAUACCCCCGGGGGUGGAUUGCAUAUGCUAAAUUGCCUGUAGGUGCCAGUUGUUUGUAUCUAGGGUGUAGUCUCAUCUCAAGCCCAAUAUUUCUGGAAAUAGGCUCUGUAUCCAUCAUAACCCAAACCAUGAGGACGAAUUGAAUUGAAUGAAAUGAAAUAUAAGAUGCACUAGAUCAAAGUUUUCUGGUGCAAAUGCACAUUAAAGGGUACAAAAGGGUGUCCACUUGUUGGACGUAACCCAGGGUGAAAAGAAAAGGUACUAUUUUUAGGACAAUAUAGAUAUCUGUUCAAGACUAGUGCUAGUACUUGGACUCACUCAGAUCCUUAAAGCCCUGGAUGGUGUUAAAUUAUAUAGCUAUUAAAAGUGUGCGGUAUAUCUUUAGGGAAUUAGAAAUUUCCUCGCCACCGCAUACCAUUUAUUUUCCUACCCACAAAGGGAAUGGGCAAGUCAUAAAAGUCAUAAAAUUGGGAAAACGUGAUGAAUAUUUUAUCAGAUGCCACACAGUUCAGAACAAAAGCGAGCCUGUGGGCUUUCCUACAAGUCCCUGCCUAUUGGAGUUAAGCAGCUGCCUGCCAUAACGCGUUACUCAUUAAACCAGAGGCAGACGCUCAUCUUCUCCGGAUAGAUGGAUACCAGAGUUCACUCAAAAAUGUUUAAUUUAUAGGUUUUUUUUCCAUAUAUAUAUAUAUAUAUAUAUAUAUUUUUUUUUUUUAUUCAUCGCUGGUAAGUAAAUGAAGUAUCCGUGUCUUUAUCACAAAUCUAACGGUAGUCUAAUUGUAGGCUGGGGGGAAGGUCUACCUUUCCACAAUAGCGGACUCGCGCUAGAUUUUGGAAGCGAGCUUGCUAAUUGUAACUGUUUAAUAAAUAACAUUUUAUCUGUAGAAUAUAUAUCCUGUAUUUGUUCAUUACUUUAUUAAACCCUCUCUCUAUAUAUUU